AUGUCUUUACAGAAUGCUUCAAUCCAAGUUACAGAAUUUAUUAUCGGUGGUUUUGACAAAACUGAAAAGCCUUUGGUAGCUGGUGUGGUUAUAUUAAUUACCUAUAUUUUGGCUUUAUUUGGCAAUACGAUAAACAUUCUCUUCAUUAUAAAUGACAAGCGAUUACACAAACCAAUGUAUGUUCUCAUUUGCAACCUUGCUAUUGUUGACAUACUGUACACAUCCAGUGCCAGUCCAACAAUGAUUAGGGUUCUAGUUGCUCGUGUUAAUACCAUAUCUUAUGUGCAUUGCUAUGCUGAAAUGUUUGCUUUCCAUUUGGGAGGGGUAAUGGAGAUGUUUGCUUUAGCAGUUAUGGCAUUUGAUCGAUUGAUUGCUAUUGGUUGUCCAUUUAAGUACCACAGUUAUUUAACAAAUGUGCGAAUUAUUGUCCUUACACUAUUCUUGUGGAUUGCUGCUGCUGGUUUGGUGUCUAUUCUUCCAAGAACUCUGCUACCUCUCACUCAUUGCAGGUCAAAGCUGAAGUACACUUUCUGUGAGUAUGCUGCAUUAUUGCGAACUACAUGUGUUGAUCUCAAUCCUUAUUUCAAUAUGGUUACCGGCAUAGUAUUUUCUAUUUUAUUUUUAUCUUUCUCCUUUAUUUGCCUUUCAUACAUUUUGAUAAUACUUUUUGUCAAAUUAUCCACAGAUAGCAACAAAAGGAAAUUGGGCAGUACCUGUGUGAGUCACUUGGUUGUAGUAACAUGUUAUUACUGUCCACUAUUCAUUACUGUUGUUUUGACAAGGUUGGGUGUGGUAUUAACUCUUGAGGCUCGCCAUGGCUUGACAGUUGGGGCCAUCCUCGGCCCAUCUCUUGUAAAUCCUUUUGUGUACUGUCUUAGGACAAAAGAAAUUAGAUGUAAAAUUCUUAGGAUUUUCAAAAUCAGUUACGACUCUCAGUAA